AUGGAUGGCACGUCGCCAGAAGACGGGGCCUGUUGUCGUGACUCCCCAGGCAGACGCGAGGAUAGCUCGGAAGAAGACCACAAGAGACGUUCAGAAGCCAUCACCUUGAUUAGAGCUCGAACUCUCACUCGCCUGUCCCCAACUGACCCUUCGCCUGAUGAUCUUGCCACCCAGCUGAGAGAGCCAACCUCCUCGUUCAAUGGGCAGUUCACAGAGUUGAAACAGGUCCCGUUUGUCAUCAUGGAUCCAGUCCAUCCAUCCAAGAAGAAAAAUAACAAAAAGGGUGGAGGCAACCAAAAACCUGCCGCCAAAAAAGGUGACUCUUCCAAAAAGUUCACCAACCCUCGCACGACCAAAGAUCAGCCCAAUGAGCAACCUAGUGGUAGCGUUCCUCUCCCCCAGGGCUCUCCAGCUAUCUCAGCAUCUGGUCAACCACACAAGGUUAGGGAAAGUGGCACCCAUAACAACGAACAGACUCAGAGUACAUCCGACAGUCCAAAGAAACAGCCAGGCUUGGACGUGGAUUCAGUCACAGGAGGUAAAAUUCUAUCCGAUAGCGAGGAUGACAUUUUGACUCCUACUUCGUCUGUCAAUCCUGCAUCAGUCACACUCAAUGAAUCCUCGGAUAUCGAGACAGAGUCGAAGUUCAUCCAGUCGCAGUAUGUUCCUGCAGGGACUGUCCAAACAAAAGGCAAAAGCACAAACGCUGGUUCUCAAAAAGACACCACGGCCAGCAAAGAUAUCUCGGCCCAAAAGUCGAAAUAUCCGGCAUCAGAAGCUGGUUCCACCACUUCUUCAGACAAGAAGAGGGCCGACAGCACGCUGGAUGUAGCUUCGUCCUCUGAGUCUUCUACCAGCCAGUCCUCGAGCAAAACCGUAAUCCCCAUCAGAAAGAAGCUCCCUUCUAUCCAAGAGACCUCAAGCGGAAUGGAACUCACCAACUCGGUAGUCCAGGCCACUCCACAGAGUAAUAUAACCACAGAAACAUCGCCAACGCAUCCUGACAAGGGCAGCGGCAGCCACGCACCAUCUAGCACCAGUACGCAGUCGACCGAAAAAUAUCAUGGCAGCAUAACAACGCAGAAGCCAGAUGGAUUCUUCUGGCAACUUGACAAUCACGGGUUUCCCUGUGCCAAACCUAGCUGCGACAAGCGCUGCAAUCUGUGGGAUGGUGCGACGGUCAUCUGCCCGCGAUGCGGACCAUACUCUGAAGUACGUUACUGCUGUAAGGAACACCUGUUCGAAGAGAUCAAAUGGCAUUGGCUGUGUUGCGGAGAGAUGACCUUCACCCAUCCAUGUCUGGAAAGCUCGAUCCCUAAGCAUGUGAGAGACGGAUCACCUUUGUUGCCUUGCUUCCAUCGUUACGACACCCCCGAGCGGCAUCGCCAAGCUGUUUACUUCAACACCAACGCCAGGGAGGGGGACUAUUUCAUUUUCUCGGACUGGGCGGACCUUGUGGAAGCAGGAUUUCCAGAGGACGUCACGCCACUGCGGUGCCCUUCUCGCAUUUUUUACGCCGUCAGAUUCGAAGACCCGGUAGAAAAGGAUCGCUUCAGGCGUGUUCUUGCAGCCUGCCUUUUUAUGACUAUCGAGGUAUAUGACCUUGUUGAUUACAUGUAUCGUCUCAUUCGAGAUAAUCUGCGCUCCCAGGGCACAUGGUCCAACGAGAUCGACACCGCAUUGAAGUACCAGCUACACCUAGAGCUCGCAGUGAGCAUUAGUCGAGAAAUAACCGGAGAGAGACACGCUUGCGAAACAGACUGGAACGGACGAUCCCGCCGCAACUGCCGAGACUCUGUCUGUCGGGGAGAGUUCUUUCACUAUUUGGGAUCGCUCGGAAAACGCGGUCAUGCUCGUUUGCUUGAUCACCUCGAGGCAAAUCACUGGAUGCUUCGUGUGGUGAGGACUACUCAUCCUGAAGUGACGCAGGCAGCAGCCCGGAUGCGCGGUGAGGGGUUUAAGGAAGUGGCGGACGAAGAUAGAAGGAGCUUCUGUCGCGGAGAUGGCUGGGACGGUGCCGGAAGUGGGGAGAUGGAAAUCGAGGGUAUCAACGCUUGA